AUGUUCAGUCUCAGGCGGCUAUUUGUGUCCGCCGCUCUCCUCGUCGGAGUGAGCUUGGUGCUGUUCUCGUCGACUGCCGAGGCCACCAAGGGCCCCAAGAUCACCCACAAGGUCUACUUCGACAUCACCCACGGCGAUGAGCCCCUCGGCCGCAUCGUCAUGGGCCUCUAUGGCAAGACCGUCCCCAAGACCACGGAGAACUUCCGCGCUCUGGCCACCGGCGAGAAGGGCUACGGCUAUGAGGGCUCGACAUUCCACCGUGUCAUCAAGCAGUUCAUGAUCCAGGGUGGUGACUUCACCAAGGGCGACGGUACUGGUGGCAAGUCGAUCUAUGGCGACCGCUUUGAGGACGAGAACUUCAAGCUCAAGCACUCGAAGAAGGGCCUCCUGUCCAUGGCCAACGCCGGCAAGGACACCAAUGGCUCGCAGUUCUUCAUCACCACCGUUAUCACCUCAUGGCUCGAUGGCCGCCACGUCGUCUUCGGUGAGGUCCUCGAGGGCUACGACAUCGUUGAGAAGAUCGAGAAUGCCAAGACCCAGCCUGGAGACAAGCCCGAGAAGACAGUCAAGAUUGUCAAGAGUGGCGAGCUGGAGGUACCCCCCGAAGACUUGCGUGGCAGUGCUCAAUGGGCAGCUGGCUAUGCCGCUGAGGAUCUGCCGGAAGUGAAUGUCUUCAACAAAGGUGGGCACUCCGAGCUGUGGUCCAUCUUCCAAAAGGCUGCCCUUUUCGGUGUUAUCGUUGGCGCGGUUGCUCUGUACCUACGCUUGACGAAGAAGCGAGACGAGAGAAUCGACAUCGGAUAUGAGAAGACUCUGGCAUGA